UUUUUUUUUUCCUAGUAUCAAUAUUAGAUUGAUCUUUCCUAUUAUGACUAUAGAAACUAUUGCUGAAGAGUUUUCUUCAUUGAAAGAAAAAGGUUAUGUUUCUGUUGCCAAAGAUCGGGACUCUCAACCACUCAACAUGUAUUAUGAAAUCCACGGCUCUGGUAUAGAAAAAGUAGUGCUGGUUAUGGGAUUAUCUACACCUUGUCAAGCUUGGGAACAUCAGUGCAAAUAUUUGGCAGAAACUGGGAAAUAUACUGUCAUUAUCUUUGAUAAUCGUGGUGUCGGAAAUUCUGAUUCCCCUUCCGGACUUUAUGCUACCUCACAAAUGGCCAAAGAUGCAUUCGACUUGUUAGAUCAUUUCGGUUGGACUUCCGGUAUUCAUCUCGUUGGUAUUAGUAUGGGUGGCAUGAUUGCUUUGGAAAUGGCUACAACUGAACCUGAAAGACUUAAGACACUGACAUUAACAAGCACUUGUGCAAGGAAACUCAUUCCAACUGUCAGAGCAGUGACGAGCUUGGCUCGAUCGGCUUUUAUAUUGAAAACUAUUGAAGAAAGAGUGGAUUCCAUGGUUUCCUUAGUAUACCCUCCCACAUGGCUUGAACAAACAUGCACGGAAGAUGAAUCAUAUCCAACCAACCGACAUAUGGUCAAAGCAAGAGUUCAACGUCGUAGUACAAAAACAAGGAUUCAACCUCUUCAUGGAAACAUUGGACAAACUGCAGCAUGUUUACGACAUUAUGUUUCUGAUGCUCGACUCACUCAGUUUCGAAAAACUGGCAUACCAACCAUGAUUAUUACUGGCACUUGGGAUUAUCUUGUUCGACCUGAUUAUUCGUAUCAAAUGCAUAAAGUAUUGGAUUGUCGUUUGGAAGUUUUUGAAGGAGGUGGCCAUGGACUCAUUGAAGAACAAAAGGAAAAGUACAACGCCUUGCUAGCGGAGCAUUUCUCACAAACUAGUCAGUGAUUAGAAUAAUUAUUAUAAUAAAUAAUAAACUGUGAUUCUACUUAUUUAUAUGACAA